UCUUGCUCACCGACUGUCAUGUGGCGUCAGGCACGCAGCUCCCACGUAGAACAUUCCGCGUCAUUGCUGCAAGCGAUCGAAACCAGGUGCGAUGUGUGGUGCGAUUCAGUGUUAAAAUAAACAUCAGCCAAAAGUGUUGAGGACAGCACAUCAAUUGCUUGUGGCCGUAAUCGAACUCUCGUUGUUCGGCUCAGCAAUGUUCUGCUGGUGCAGCUUCGUCUACGUCCUGUUCUUUCUGGGCUCAUUCUUGGCAAUCGGCCUGCUGACGGUGUGUUUGCUGUUGCGACAGCUCAUAAAAUUCCAACGCCGGAAGCGGACCGAUCCGUCCGUCAAGCAUGUAGCAUUCUUCCACCCGUACUGCAAUGCGGGCGGUGGCGGCGAACGGGUCCUGUGGUGCGCCAUCCGGGCGCUGCUGACCCGGUACGAAAACAUCAAACUGUUCGUCUACACCGGCGACACGGAUGCGAAGCCGGCCGACAUACUAGCCAAGGCGGAGCGUAGCUUCAACCUCAAGCUGGCGGCGGAUCGCAUCACCUUCGUGUACCUCAGCAAGCGCUGCUGGGUGGAAGCGUCCAAAUACCCGCACUUCACACUGCUCGGGCAAAGCUUGGGCUCGAUUGUGCUCGCGUUUGAGGCGCUGCUCAAGCUGCAGCCGGACGUGUUCAUCGACACGAUGGGGUACGCAUUCACGUAUCCGGUGUUUAGCUACUUCGGUGGGUGCAAGAUUGGCUGCUACACGCACUAUCCCACCAUCAGCACCGACAUGCUGCGGCGCGUCCAGUCGCAGACGCAAUCGUUCAACAAUCGAGGCUAUGUGGCGAAGAACCCGUUUGCCACGUGGCUGAAGAUCGUGUACUAUCGGCUGUUUUCGCGCAUUUACGGCUGGGUCGGGCGGUGCGCCGACACGGUGAUGGUAAACUCGUCCUGGACCGAGAACCACAUCAUCUCGCUGUGGGAUGUGCCGUACAAGACGCACCGCGUCUAUCCGCCGUGCGAGGUGUCGCAGCUGAAGCGGCUAGAAUCGCUGACGGACGAGCGGGACGAGCAGAUCAUCAUCCUGUCCGUCGGCCAGUACCGGCCGGAGAAGGACCAUCCGCUGCAGCUGCAGGCAAUGUACGAGCUGCGCACGCUGCUCAACAACGACGAGGCGCUGUGGAACCGGCUGAAGCUGCUGAUCGUCGGCUCGUGCCGGGACGAGGAGGACCGGGUGCGGGUGAAAAACAUGCAGGAUCUGGCGAAGCAUCUGUCGCUGGAAAACGCGGUCGAGUUCCGGGUGAACGUGCCGUACCGGGAGCUGCUCGAGUGCUACCAGCGGGCCACGAUCGGGCUGCACUGCAUGUGGAACGAGCACUUCGGCAUCAGCGUGGUGGACUGUAUGGCGGCCGGGCUGAUCAUGGUCGCGAACCGCUCCGGCGGACCGCUGAUGGACAUUGUCGAAACGUCCGAGGGCAGCCAGAACGGCUACCUGGCGUUCGAUGCGUACGAUUAUGCGCGCUGCAUCGCCAACAUACUGUACAACACGCCGGAGUACAAUGCGCGCAUCCGGGAGGCGGCCCGCGCCUCGGUCGAACGGUUUUCCGAGAAGGAGUUCGAGAACGGAUUUCUGCGUGCGAUUUCACCAAUCAUGGAUUGAAGCUUCGCACAGCACCGUUGUACCCCAAAGCUCAAGAACCUCUGUAUACACAACGAAGGACUUUCGGAGUUAGCUUUAAUUGCUCUGUUGCAUCGUUUCUUCAUCUACAUUGUAAAAAUGUUAGCAGCAACGAGAUCGACCAGCGUACAUGUGCUCGCUGGACGUUUCAUCGAUCGGACCGGAAACCGUUGCACUGGGCGUGGUUGCCGUAUUGGCACCGUUCUUAAAUCCAGCGAUCCCGUUCCGGAGCACCUCGUCGACGGUGUCGGCGCCAAACACGAGCCUCAAGAAACUGCACUCCGCAAAGCAUCGGGCAUGCUCCUGCCAGGGAUCAUCGGUCACAAGCCAAUCCCGGAGGCCAGCGUCACAUUGGAAGCAGCGCACCUCAUCGUCCGUGCCGGUGUAGUAGAAUCCGGCCACCGCCAGCCGGGUCGGAUUUUGUAUGUGACCAAAGCGCCAGCUCUGGAACGAUCGGAUCCGUGCAUCGAGUACGGCAAGUUCUGGCAUGUACGGCAUCUCUGCCGGUUGCACUUCCGAUCCGGAUGCGGACGACAUGAUCGCGGAAGCACGGGCACGACUCUAAUUGGUAAGAAAACUGCGCACUCGCGAGUUAAUUGCGCACAGUAGCAACAAAAGCAGCAGCCGUUAGUGGCAUACGUUUAACGACACUUACGUUGGUGCAAUGGUGGAAUGAUGCAACUGCAGUUUAAGGGGAUUUACAAUGUCCAGGGAUACUCCAGGGAGAUGUUUUGUUUGUUGAUUAUGCUAUGAUUCACUGUCUCGUUCUUGUUUUCGUGUGAAACAGCUGUUGGUGAUCGUUCCCAGUGAGCAAUAUGUUAACAAGCCAAACUGAUUAACUGACGUCAAUUAGACCGCGCAAUAAACAACGGCAAAUAAAAAUAUGAUGUUUGAAAAUAAGAAA